AUGUGUUGCUCUAAAGGUCGCUAUUUUAUCGCCAAAAACCAGACUUCAGAGCCCUUCCGACCCCUCUCUCCCUCCCUCUCACUCGUUAUGAGCGCUAAACUGAAACCAGUGUUCAUUGUUGCGAACGACUCUAACAUUCCGCGCAAAUGUGUGACAGCCAUGCAUUUUGUUUCAAUCAAUUACUGGUCACUCAAACCGAAGGCAAACAAGUGUUCACUCAAUAUAUUUGUGGCAAUUCUUUCCCAUCGAAACCAUUACCACAAGAGACAGGCGUUGAGACACUCUUGGCUUCAGACCGUCCAUCAGAUUAACGACAAUCACUCCCUAAUCAAAGACAAUGAAGAGCUUUGCGAUAUCAGAGUCAACGCCCGGUUCGUUGUCGGCGCCAAAGACUGUCCGAUCGCCGAGCGGUUCCGCACGAGUCCUUAUUCUUGUCGUUGGAAUCAAUUGACAUUUAAUCCUAACGAUAGUCGCCUAUAUUUACAAGAAGUGAUCAAUGGAUCCACUGAUAGCGCUGUUGAUACUCGACAGCCGUACAGAGGAUUUAGUUUUGUGAUUAGACAUUCAGUUGUUGUGACACAACUGGGAAUCCAUCGCAACUUUUUGAGUGACAAUCAAAACAUUACGAUUGUUUUACUCAACGCUCAAAAUAAAGCUUACUAUGGAUUCACUGAUUUUGAAUCCAUUGCUUACACAUCGGAGCUGUUUAUUGGACCCACUAUUGCAUACAAACUAACUGAUCCAAAGAGUAUUGAUUUAUUGCUAACAUCUCAACAAGAGAUUCAAAAUGAAUGGAAUAAUGAAUUGUUAAGAAUCGAGAAAAGUAUUGCACAGGAAAUGAUUGACAACAAAGACAUACUUCUAAUUGAUUCAAUCGAUGUCUACAGGAAUUUAGCUGAAAAAGUCAUACAAUCGAUGAAAUUUUUCCGAAGAGUAUGGCCUUUAGAUUAUUGGGGCAAAUGGGCUGAAAAUGAUUACCAAUCGCCUCUAUAUCCAACAUUUGCGUGCGGUUCUGGAUAUGUAUUAUCGGCUGAUUUGGUCCAAUGGAUCGUUUCAAAUGCUCAUCAUUUGCAUAGAUUUCAAGUAUACAAACGUUUUGUAAAUAAGGUGACCACAAUUCCCAUCUCGGGAACUGAUAAUACUAUAAGAACUUUUGAGGACAAAAGGGGACAUUUUUAG